UAUUAAAGCUUUUGGGCAAAUCUCCAAUUUCUGACAUUCGCAACUCUUGGGAGGUUGUUUCUCUCUCAGACUCCCAAACCCUUCCUUCCCCCUUCUUCGAUCUCACACCCUCCGAUAAGCUCAGAUCGCACGCCGCUGGCCGCUCCCGUACUUCGCCGCUCCGUCUCCGCUUUCAGAUUGAGAUCGACGAGUUAUAGCUGAUUUCUGAGAUACAGAAUCAUGUUUGGUUCUACGAGCCCUUUUGGGCAGUCAUCUAACAGCCCAUUUGGGUCCCAGUCGGUGUUUGGGCAAAGCAGCAACACAAGUAACAAUCCUUUUGCUCCCCAGCCCUUUGGUAGCACCACUCCAUUUGGUGCCCAGACAGGGAGUUCCCUAUUUGGGGGAACUUCAACUGGCGUAUUUGGUCAAACCCAAUCCUCACCUUUUGGUGCUUCAUCCUCACCAGCUUUCGGACAGCAGAGUUCUCCAUUUGGAGCAUCUUCUACUCCAGCAUUUGGUGCACCAUCAUCCACUCAAACAAGUCCAUUUGGUGGAGCAUCUGGUACGUCUGCUUUUGGUCAGAAGCCCGCUUUUGGAGCAUUUGGGUCGAGUCCUGCUCAAACAAGUCCAUUUGGAAGCACAGCUCAACCAUCACAACCAGCAUUUGGAAGCAAUAUGUUUGGUGCCACCUCUACAGCAUUUGGCGCAAGUCAGCCUGCAUUUGGCACUAAUACUGCCCCAGCCUUUGGUUCAACGAAUGCCACAGGCUUUGGUGGCCAGAGCACCCCUGGUUUUGGUGGCCAAGGCACUCCAGCCUUUGGGGCCACAAGCGCUUCACCUUUUGGUAGUACAAGUACUCCGGCGUUUGGUGCUCCAAGUACUCCUACCUUUGGCUCAACACCAAGUCCUACAUUUGGAAGCACAGGAUCUGCAUUUGGGACAACAAGUUCCAACUUGUUUGGAUCAGGGGCAGCAUUUGGGGCUUCAACCACCCCAGCUUUUGGUCAAUCUAGCUCAGCUUUUGGUACUACAACAAGUGCUCCUGCUUUUGGUCAAUCAAGUUCAGGUUUUGGCUUUUCAACAAGUGCUCCUGCAUUUGGCCAAUCAAGUUCAACCUUUGGUAGCACCCAAUUUGCGGCUUCAUCUCCUUUCGGAGCGCAGAGUUCGCCAUCUCCUUUCGGAGGGCAGAGUUCGCCAUUUGGGGCUCAGUCAACAACACCAACACUUGGAAACACUGCCUUUGGACAGCCAGCUUUUGGGGGCCAACGGGGUGGAAGUAGAGUGGCUGCUUACACAGGCACAUCUGAACCGGAUAGUAAUGGAAUGGGGAAAUUGGAGUCAAUAUCAGCAAUGCCAGCCUAUAAAGAAAAAAGUCACGAGGAAUUGAGAUGGGAGGAUUACCAAUUAGGGGAUAAGGGUGGACCGUCUCCUGCUGGUGCGGGUAGCUUUGGUGUAUCAACUGUUCAGACAAGUACUUUGAAUCCUAAUCCUGCACCAUCGUUUUCUCAAACAUCUUCAAGUCCUUUUAAUACCUCAACCUCAUCUGGUUUAUUUGCCCAAAAACCCUCAUCCUUUCCUUCUACUGGUUUUGGUGUUACUUCAUCUUCACCAUUUAGUUCAACUUCACCGUUUAGUUCUUCAUCAACUCAAACCAAUUUUUUUACACCUGCAUCAUCUGCGUCACCAUUUGGCCAAACGUCGUCUCCAGCUAUUUUUAGUUCACCAUCUUCCUUUUCAUUCUCUACCCCAGCUACAUCAUCCACUCCCUCAUUUAAUUUUCCCACUCCAUCAAACCCACAGACACAGUUUGGUCAAACAGGCACUACCUCCUUUGGGCUGAAUCCAUCUACCUUUGGUUCAAACUUGUUCAAUAGUACUUCCAGUUUGCAGAGCAGUUCAUUGGGCACUACCAGCAACCAACUGGGUCUUACUCAAGCAGCUCCUGCUUUUCCUACUUUCCAGACAUCUCAGCCUCUUCAGUCUAGUCUUUUUGGCUUCAGCAACACCAAUGCCUUCAACAACACCAACACCUUUAAUCAACCCCAGCCAGGCAACACAGGUGGUUUUGGUGGUUUAGCAGGCAUUUCUGGUCAGAACAACUUUGGACAAUCGUCUGUCACUCAAGGCUCUGCAGCUGUACAACAACCAGUACCUGCUACAAAUCCAUUUGGAACGCUCCCCGCGAUGCCGCAGAUGUCAAUUGGUCGGGGAACUGCACCAUCAAUUCAAUAUGGAAUUUCAAGCAUGCCUGUUGCGGAUAAACCUGCGCCCGUUAGGGUAACAUCCAUCCUGACUCCUCGACACCUGUCACAACGCCGGAUCAGAUUACCUGCAAGAAAAUAUAAUCCUAAGAAUGAUAACCCAAAGGCUUUUUUUAGUGAUGAUGAAGAAACACCCUCUACACCCAAGGGGGAUGUUGUUUUCCAUCCCAGGGAAAACCCAAGAGCACUUGUCAUUCGUCCCCAGGAACAGUGGCCUCUAAGAGCGAGUGCUGAGAAAGCAACAGCACUGAAGAAUGCCCAUGAGAAUGGAAAAAUUUCGGGAGCAGCACUCUUCGGGGGAUCCAACUCUGAGGAUAAAGACGAACCAGAAACUCUGCAAGAAAAUGGUGCUGUCAAGGAGCAUUUAAAUCAUGUCAAGGCUAAUCAGAAACCUAAUGGAGUACAUGAUGAUCACUCUAUUCAGAAAGGGGACUCGUAUACAACACUAAGUGGGCACAGAGCUGGUGAGGCUGCAAUUGUGUAUGAGCAUGGUGCUGACAUUGAGGCACAAAUGCCGAAGCUCCGACGCUCUGAUUACUACACAGAGCCCCGAAUCCAAGAACUGGCGGCAAAGGAAAGGGCAGAGCCAGGGUUCUGCUGUCGUGUGAAGGACUUUGUGGUUGGGCGACAUGGUUGUGGUAGCAUUAAGUUCUUGGGUGAGACAGAUGUAAGGCGCCUUGAUCUUGAGGCUCUGGUGCAGUUCAAUAAUAAGGAGGUAAUCGUGUACCGUGAUGAGAACAAGAAGCCUCCUGUCGGGCAAGGGCUUAAUAAACCUGCUGAGGUUACACUUCUCAACAUUAAAUGCAUUGAGAAGAAGACUGGGCUUCAGUAUACAGAAGGACCAAAAGUUGAGAAAUACAAGGAGAUGCUGAAGAGGAAGGCCGAGGAACAAGGUGCCAAGUUUGUCUCCUUUGACCCAAAGAAGGAAGAGUGGACGUUCAUGGUCGACCACUUCAGUGAGUACAAGUUGAGAGAUGAAGACGACUGGGAUGUGGAUGCUGCCCAAGAUUGCUGACAGAUGUUGAGUCAGGUUGAGGAAAUGUCGUUUGUUUUUUGCCAAGGGUUGAUGGCGAUUGAUUUUGGUAUUGUAUAGAAUUUAGGCUUUGUGGUGCAACUGUCCAAGCCUUGGCAAGCUGACUGUUACUUGUGUGUGGUUUAGUAUUUUCAUUUUUUUUUUUGACCCUCUACUGGUCUGGAGUGGUCAAUACUCUGUGACUAGGUAUGUUUUAGGGUCAGUCUCAAAUUACUUGUUCAUGUGAAAAGUAAAUUCAAGAGUUUUUUUUAACGUUUGUUUGAUUGUGAAUUUUCAAUGCUUUGAAUCCAUCGACUUUGUUUCA